CGCUCGCUUCUUCAUACUCAGAAUUGAUUCCCCCUAUCUCUUUUUGUUUCGAUUCUUCUUACAGAUCGAUCCAUACCCUUUUAGAUUCCAUAUCUUUUAAUUGAUUUCCCUUAUAGAAAACAUUUUAAUUUCAUCUACCGAUCUUCAUCGUCGACCAUAACAAUUCAAUUUUUUUUUGUGCAAUUUGGUUUUAGAUUUUUGAGUUGCUUUCGAUAUUUGGCUCUGGCUAGUGUUUAAAAUUGGUUCACAUUACUUGCUCAUUUGGAGGUUUUUCUGAGGUUCUGCCUCUUCAAAGCAACGAUGGUAUCGGCGAACAGAGAAAUGGCUGUCUACUGUUUCGACACUUUGGUCUCUCACUACAACAAUGAAGAGACUCCACCACCUGCCUUUCAAGAGGCCAAUCAUCCAUUGUUUGUUACCUGGAAGAAAAUAGUGAAUGGUGGAGAGCCUCGAUUGCGUGGAUGUAUUGGUACACUGGAAGCACGCCGCUUGAUCAGUGGCUUCAAGGAUUAUGCCUUGACUAGUGCCUUAAGGGAUCGUAGGUUCCCACCUAUACAGGCCAAAGAAUUGCCAUCUCUGCAAUGUACUGUGUCUGUCUUGACUGAUUAUGAAGAUGCAGAAGAUUACCUUGAUUGGGAGGUCGGUAAGCAUGGUAUAAUCAUUGAGUUUACUGAACCUGAGACUAAUACAAAGCGAAGUGCCACAUAUUUGCCUGAGGUGCCAGCUCAUGAAGGCUGGACAAAGAUAGAGGCAAUCGAUUCGCUGGUGCGUAAAGCAGGAUACAAUGGUGUAAUAACAGAAGCAGUGCGUAGGCGAAUCAAUCUAACGCGUUACCAGAGUACAUUAUUCAGCAUGCAUUAUAGCGAAUACCUUUCAUAUGUGAAGGCGACAAGGGGUGUUGGCCCGGGUAUUAAUGGGAUCAACAAGCCCUCCUUUGCCUGACUUGCACCAAAAAACCGCUGCAAAUGGAUGCCAUUGAUUAUGUUUGGCUACCUCCUAAUUUAUCCUCUAUCUAUGAUUCCAAAAUUGUCUGGCUCUCAUAAAAGAAACGAGACUUCGACUUGGCUGUUUCUCAAUUGUAACAUUAAUUAAAUCACUUUCAUCCCUGUCUCA